AUGGAAAAAGAGUUAAAAGUGGAGUUAUUCACAGGCCCGUCUCAGGAGAUAGAUAAGCUAGGUAAAAAUGUAUCAGAUGUUGACAAGGCACAGGAGGAAAUGAAAGAUAAGCUGAAAAAUGUGAGUGACACAGGCAAAGUAAAUAAUGUUAUACAAGAAAUGAAACGCCUAAAAAUUAACAUUUUGGGUGUAAGUGAAACAAGAUGGCCUGACUCAGGAGAAAUGACCAUUGACAACAUGAAAGUAUAUUACUCGGGAAAUUCUGAUAGCCAGCACAGGAAUGGGGUAGGAAUAAUUUUAGAUGAGUAUGCUAGUAAAUCUGCCAAAAGCAUUUUACCAAUCUCAGAUAGAGUAAUCAGUCUACAUUUACAAACGAAGCAAACAAAUAUUAAUUUAAUCCAAAUCUAUGCUCCAACAGCCGACAAAGACCAAGAAGAAAUAGGAAAAUUUUAUGAAGAAUUAACACAAGCAAUAGGAACCUCAAAAAGCAGAGACAUUAUUAUCAUCAUGGGAGAUUUUAAUGCCAAAAUAGGUGAAGGAAGUGAAGGUGAUCUUAUCGGACCUUUUGGUUUAGGAACAAGAAAUGAAAGAGGAGAUUUGCUGUCACAAUUUUGCCAGGAAAACAAUCUGUGUACUACAAACACAUUUUUUAAACUCCCUAAACGAAGACUUUAUACUUGGAAAUCACCAAGAGACUGUAAUGAAGAAGUUUGCAGAAAUCAAAUCGAUUUCAUACUUAUAAACAAGAGGUACAAAACUUCUAUUCAUGGUGUGAAAACAUAUCCAGGAGCUGAUAUAUUUUCUGAUCAUAACCCUUUAGUAGCAAAGUUCCAUGUGAAACUGAAAGCCAUACAAAAGAAACAAAAGAAGGACUAUAUAAAUACAACUAUUCUAAGAGACCCCUUGACUAAACAAAAGACUUCUGAAGAAAUUAAUAAGGAAUUAGUUAGGAUAAAGAAUAAUCAAACAGAAGACAUUGAUGGCAAAUGGGAACUUAUAAAAGACACAUUAAAUAAUGCAUAUUUGCCUGAGGAAGUACAGGAACUGUCCAUAGAACUGAAUAAUUUAAAACUGAGCAGUAAGUUUGUACAGAAAAACCAAGAAAGAAUUAAUAAGGAUGUAAACAAUUUAAUGGAGAGAGCUGAUUUAGGAGUACUAGAUGAGGAUAUAACACUACAACAGAAGUUGUAUGCAGUGAGGUCAAUGUCUGCCAGUUCUGUUAUUAAGUUGCAGAUACUGUAA